UUUUUUUUUUUCCCUCUCUCUACUCUCUACUAGUCUAGUCCCCUCCUCAGUCCUCCACCUUGUCUCUCACCGAAACUUUCUUUUUCUGCAACAACAAUAAUUGAGAGCUUAAAAUCCCUCCUCUGCCUCUCCAUUUCUCUCACUUUCCGUUUCUCUCUCUCUCUGAACUUUUUUCUUUACCUUCUCUGUCUACUCACCCAGCCUACUUUGUACAUUUCAGUAGUCACGAAUACCAAGCCCUCUUGCUUUUGGCUUGAUUAACUUUCUAUUUCCCUCUGAUGCAUAACAAGAAAACAGAGCGUGUGUGAAGCAGGGCCUACUUUGUACUUCCCUUCCUUCUUUGGCUCUGGGAAUUACUCUCAAACCCACCAACCCACCAACCAUCCUCUGUUUUUACUCCUAUUUUACGCCAUCUUCCAUAUUCAAAUCGUCUGCUUCUUUUACCCCGUGCUCAUCACGUACUCUCACAGUUAAUAGAGUAAUUUAAGAAGGAAGUGGAAAAAAAAAGAAUACAUGCCAUUUUGGAGGUUUCUCCCUGAAACCAUCACUAAUUGAAACUAAAAAGGAAGAAAAACAAAUGGCGGAUAGAGACCCGGAUUUCUAUUCCCAUAAAUCCCCCUCAUCUUCGCAGGUAGGAGAAGAGCUGAAAGAGCUAUGGCUUAUGGCCUUGCCGACCACAGCCACGAACUUCAUGGCCUUUUUUCGAUCAGCGGUUUCGGUCCUGUUCUUGGGACGUCUUGGUAGCCUAGAGCUCGCCGGAGGAGCCCUCUCCAUCGGCUUCACGAACAUCACCGGGUACUCUGUUCUCGUCGGCCUUGCCUCAGGGCUGGAACCGGUCUGCAGCCAAGCCUACGGUAGCAAGAACUGGGACCUUCUCUCGCUCUCCCUCCAGCGCAUGAUCUUCAUACUCAUGCUCGCCAUCAUACCCAUCAGCCUCUUGUGGGUCAACAUGGAAACCAUCAUGGUAUCCAUGGGGCAGGACAAGGACAUCACCGCAAUGGCCGCGACCUACUGUAUCUACUCCCUGCCGGACCUGCUGACAAACACUUUGCUGCAGCCGCUGCGGGUUUUCCUAAGGUCACAGCGGGUGACCAAGCCAAUGAUGUACUGCUCCCUAUUGGCGGUCACCUUCCACGUCCCCCUUAACAUAUUGUUGGUGGUGGUGAUGGGGCUUGGGGUGCCGGGAGUGGCGAUGGCGUCGGUGCUGACGAACCUGAACAUGGUGAUGCUGAUGGUGGGGUACGUGUGGUGGGCCGGGCGGAACGGAGGGGAGAUGAGAUGGACGGCCGGGAUCGACUUGAAAGAGGUGUGUUGGGGUGGGGUGGGUCCCUUGUUGCAACUGGCGGUACCGAGCUGUCUGGGUAUAUGCUUGGAGUGGUGGUGGUACGAGAUUGUGACGGUGAUGGCUGGGUACUUGCCGAAUCCAACACUGGCUGUCGCCGCCACUGGGAUUCUCAUUCAGACCACUAGCAUGAUGUACACUGUCCCCAUGGCCCUCGCUGGCUGCGUCUCUGCCAGAGUUGGGAAUGAUCUUGGAGCUGGUAAGCCAUACAAAGCCAAGCUAGCAGCCAUGGUUGCAUUGGGAUGCGCCUUUGUGAUCGGCAUCAUCAACGUGACCUGGACUGUGAUCCUUAGAGAAAGAUGGGCUGGUCUCUUCACAAAAGAUGAGCUUGUCAUGGCAUUGGUUGCCUCAGUCAUGCCCAUCAUGGGGCUCUGCGAGCUCGGCAAUUGCCCUCAAACCACUGGGUGCGGUGUCCUCCGCGGCACCGCACGGCCGGCCGUGGGCGCCCGUGUCAACUUGGGGUCGUUUUACUUUGUCGGCACGCCCGUGGCGGUCGGCCUAGCCUUCUGUCUGAAAGUUGGGUUCAGUGGGCUGUGGUUCGGCCUCCUCUCUGCUCAGAUGGCUUGUGUUGUCUCAAUCCUCUAUGUUGUGGUGGCCCGUACGGAUUGGGAGGCUGAAGCUUCCAAGGCCAAGAAUCUUACUGGGUUAGAGAUGAUUAAAUGCAAUGGGGUUCAUGUUGAAGAAUGUGAGAAGGACGAAGAGAGAAAAAGGUUGUUGGUAAAUGGAAAUGGAAAUCACAAUAAUAACGUGCAUGAUGUUUGCUAGAGAAAGCAUGCAGAUGAUGUAUGUAUGGGAGAUGUUCUUGGGUUUUGGGAUGUGUUUUUUUUUCUUUUUUGUUGGUUAGUUGCUUUGUGGGUUUUCUGACUCAAUACUUGGAAUUUUGUGUGUAGGGUUGUGGGUUGCUUUUCAAUUUUUGAUGGGGGUUCUGUCAUGGAACUGUUUUGUUAGCUGAUUGUGUCACUCCCCAUGCAAGUGUUACAUAUUUUAAAGAAAGAAUGGCCUACAUUGUUCUCAUC